CCGGAAGCGGGCCGUGCGCCGUGGCGUCACGCCGUGACGUUGGUGAUGCCCAUGGCAGAGGGUAGAGGACGGGGCGCAGGGGGGUGAUGGCCUCGUCGGUGGUGAGGGCCACGGUGCGCGCCGUCAGCAAGCGGAAGAUCCAGGCUACGCGCGCCGCCCUCACCCUGACCCCAUCAGCUGUUCAGAAGAUAAAACAGCUUCUUAAAGAUAAACCUGAACAUGUAGGCGUGAAAGUAGGUGUUCGUACAAGAGGAUGCAAUGGACUUUCUUACACAUUAGAAUAUACAAAAUCGAAAGGAGAUUCUGAUGAAGAAGUAGUUCAAGACGGGGUUAGAGUGUUUAUUGAGAAGAAGGCACAGCUGACGCUUCUAGGAACUGAAAUGGACUAUGUAGAAGACAAACUGUCCAGUGAAUUUGUCUUCAAUAAUCCAAACAUCAAAGGAACAUGUGGCUGUGGAGAAAGCUUUAACAUCUGAAGUUUCAAGACUACUACUAUGACUUUGAACACCCCAAAACACUUACUGUUAUGGCUUUCGGAAGCAAAUACAUUUUCUUCAGGUUCGUAGGCUGUGUAAAGUGUGGAUACCAUUAAGAAAAAUAAAGUAAAAUAAUUUUUAAAAUGUAAAUUGUGUGUUAAAUUCCACCACUAAUAUAGUUAUGCUGUAAUUUGUGAUGAGUUGGGAUCCAAAAGGUAAGAACACUUAAGUGCCCUAGUAACACCUCUGUACUUUCACAUGCCAAGGAAAUAAAAUCUCACUGUUCUUUUCAUUUUCUUUGUCCACUCUACUCACACUUCCCCAUCCAGAACCCGUUUGAACGAAUAUAUUGCUUAUGUGUUCUGCUUUGAUGUGGGGGGGCGGGGGGGAAGGAGAAAACCCCAACCAUUGAUAUGCGUUUGUUUAUAAAGAUUUAUAUACACAGGCAUACAGUCCUCAGCUUCAGAGUAUACUAUGAUUAUGUAGAUGCUUGCUUUGUUUUUUGUAGUUUUCUGAUGCUUUCGUCUUUAUGUGUGGGUUUUCUGGUGGUUUAUUUUUCCAUAAAUCUAGGGAAGUCCAAAAAGAUGUUCAUAUAUUAAUAUAGUGGUAGGCUACUGUAGCACUGCUUGUAGAAAUACUUCAAAGUGGGCUAACCCAAUGUUAAUUCUGUUCCUUUCCUUAUUGAAGGUACAGUUUCUGCUGUACUUGGAAAGCCAUUUUCAAGAACAUGAAAUAUAUUCAGGCACUGCAGUACUAAAGCAGGGUACACACAGGCCUUGUUUCUCACAUUUCUGUCGUUUAUCUUUCUUGACUUAAAUUACAAAGUUGGUAAAACUGCCUCUAGAUUCUCUUUCUCCAUGUUCACAGAAUGUGCUGUCUGUACACCAAAAGCUAUGAAUGCUUUUUUUGAGAGAGAAAUCUUACACUUUUCAUUACUUUUUUUUGUAGUAAUGUCUGCUACUAAUUUUGUUCCAGCUUGAACUCUGUUUUGUAUCUCUGUAGGUACUAGGGUUUUUUACCAAAGCUUAUGGUAACUUCUGUUUAACUCCUGUCUUGAGGUUACUUGGUAACAGGAGAAAAAGCAUUUAUAAUUUUAAAAAACCCUAGUGUUUCAUAAUAGUUUUAAAUUACUCCAGACAGUAAUUAAAAUAUCAUGUUUAUAGAAUUUAAUGUUCUCCUAAUCAGAAUUUUGUUUGUGUAAACCAGUGUUUUUCAAGCUUGCAAAGUCUUCAGCACUUCUUCCACUGGUGCUCAGGCAGAAGUGUAACUGUCUCUCCAGGCCUUCCCAAAAGCCAGUGUGAGAGGAGUACUGUUCCAUCCUUUUAUCUCCAUGUUUCCCUGGUUGUCCAGAGAUGACAUUGUUUAGCUACGCUGCUGCCUUGUGCAGAAGAGAAGAGAACCUGUCUGCCUGGGUAACUGAUGGGAAGAGCUGGUGAAAAGGGUGCAGAUAGAAAGGAGGGGACAACAGGGACUGCAAUCUCGCAGUGAAGGAGAAGAAGGUGUUGAGGUGGGGGUGAGCUGAGAGCAUUAAGGCUGCAUGUUAAAAAUCCAGAGCUCACAUUGAUCUGGUCCGUUAUACCCAUGUGUCUGUGAACAAUUUUAGCAUAGUAAUGUGCUGAAGAGGUAGGAUUGCACCUACAUUUUUAUUCUUGAUAAAAUAAUUCUUGAUGUGUUCUAUGUAGUGCACAGGAACAGGUGGUUGGAAUUUCCACAUCUAUAGUUUAAUAUUGUAUUUUGGUUGUAUACUAUAUCUCUUUUUGAUGUAAAAACUAUUUCCUUCAACAGCCAACUGUUGUACACAGUUACUUUAUACAGUGAUUCAGGAAUUACUGGUAAUACACUGGCUAGGUGCAUUUAUAGUGCCGUAAUUCUUUCAGUCUUGCCAAACAACAAAAAAAAAGGCAGUUAAUGUGAUAUAGCUGCACUACAAAACUCCAAGCUAAGGGCAUUUCUUCAGAUUGUGUUCCUCUGCUUCUUGCCAGAGGAUAUGACUUUGAAUGUGGUAGCGCUGGUGGCUGCUAAGAGUGCUAGUACUUACUCAUUUACCUUGUUUGGUGCGCUUUGGGUUGAAGGGGAUUGGUUUGGGGAUUUUUUUUUUAGACCUGUGGCAUGUCUAGCAAUCCUUUUCAAGUGUUUUGUGUAUAGGCUUUGAAUGAAAGUUUGCACUUUUGUACUGCCAUGAAAUAAUCUUCCAAAUUGUCACUUUACUAAGACACCUAACGCACAAUGUGUUAAACUUCUGUUAAAGUGCUAUUUACAGUUGCAUAGGAACAUGGUUUUGCUGAUUGGUCCAUUAUAAUUUUGUGCAAUACUGUAUGUAGAGUUCUCCAGUUAUAAUAAUAAAUAUUGCCUGUUGUUAAACA